ACUGCCAUUUCCCACUACUCCCACACACACAAAGCACAGUUCAGGGAAACAAGAGGAGUAAUCCCAAAAGCCUAUGCAGCGCAAGGAGAUGGGUAGCGAAGGCUGCACGAGCCCCGCGGCGAGGGGAGCCUGCGCGGUCUGCGGCGGUGCGGCGGCGGUGUACUGCACCGCAGACGCGGCGGCGCUCUGCGGCCCCUGCGACGCCGCCGUGCACGCAGCCAACCCACUGGCGUCGCGUCACGAGAGAGUGCCGCUCGCCGCGGCCGGGGCCGCCGUGGCGGCGGCAUCCGGCGUGUACGAUGAUCUCUUCGCGGCCGACGACGUGGACGCGUCGUCGUCGUGUCCGGUGCUGCCUGCGCAGGUGCAGGAGCAGGGGAGCCCCCACGGCAGCUCGUCGGCCAGCUUCACCACCAGCGACAGCGGCGUGGAGGGCAGGAGCCUGUUCGACCUGCUCUCCGACGUCGACCUCGCAGCCUGCGUCAGGGGCAGCACCGGCCACCUGCCGGACGGCGUGGCGCCUGUGCAUCACGGCGCCGCACCGUUGUGGGCGCAGCCCGGCCUGUCCGCAUGGACGACGACGUGGUCGCCAGCGGAGGCAGCCGUCGUCGUCCCGGCCACCGCCGCCUUGGUGGCUGCGGCGGCGGAGCGGGAGGAGAGGGUGAGGCGGUACCGCGAGAAGCGCAAGAACCGCAGGUUCCAGAAGACCAUCCGCUACGCGUCCCGCAAGGCCUACGCCGAGGCGCGGCCGAGGAUCAAGGGCCGCUUCGUCAAGCGCGCUGCCGGGGCCGCGGCAGCCUCAUCGGACGACGAUGCCACGGCCGCUGCGAGCGGGGCCACGGACGCUGCCAAGUUCUGGCUCUCCUUCUCCGACGACGCCCGCGGCGACGGCGUAGGGUUCUACGUGGACUCUGCGGCCUACGGAGUCGUGCCAAGCUUCUAGAAAGUUCCAGACACCUCGCCCAGCUUGAAACAAGUUAAGAAAAGGGCGCGCGCCAUGUCUGCUAUUGGCGCCAUUGUUCUUGUUCGUGUCAUGUCAUUGUUGUGGUCAAUAUUCCUGGUGAAAAUCCGCCAUCGCUAUUUUUAAAUGAUGAUGCGGAAUUUCAAUGGGUAUCGGUGAACUAGGGAAUCAAUGUAUUCUAAGAUAGCUUAUGUAGAUGUUCACCCUUAGUUUUCGUGGUUUAAUUUCUAUUCUGAGAUAAUAGUUUCCUGGUUAUUUCUUUCUUA